AUUUAAUAUUACCUCUCACAAAUUGAAAUACGUCGUGUUGCAAACGUCAACAUAAAUUUCGUUUAUUUCACCUGUUUACUAUUCUUAAAAUUAAUAUUGUACGAAAUUAUAUUUAAAAAAAAUAAUAAUAACUUCAGAUGAUAAAAUGAAUCGCACUGAAGGCUUGGUGCAACGAAAACACGUCGUCAAAGAAAAUUCCGAUGGUUCUUUGAAAGAAAAUCAGGAUGCAGAUGAUAAGAAAAAUGAUAAAAUAUUUGAUGACGGAGAUUCAAAGGAAACGCGAUUAACAUUGAUGGAAGAAGUUUUACUUUUAGGACUAAAGGAUAAAGAAGGUUAUACAUCAUUUUGGAAUGACUGUAUUUCUAGUGGACUUAGAGGUUGCAUUUUGAUCGAAUUGGCAUUAAGAGGUCGCAUAGAAUUAGAAAGAAUUGGUAUGAGGCGUAAAGGUUUAUUGUCAAGAAAAGUUAUUGUAAAAAGUGACACACCUACAGGUGAUGUACUAUUAGAUGAAGCCUUAAAACACAUGAAGGACACAGACCCCCCGGAAACAGUACAAAGCUGGAUAGAAUACCUCAGUGGAGAAACAUGGAAUCCAAUGAAGCUGAAAUAUCAAUUGAAAAACGUCAGAGAAAGGCUUGCCAAAAACCUAGUUGAGAAAGGGGUUUUAACAACUGAAAAGCAAAAUUUCUUAUUAUUUGAUAUGACAACUCACCCGCUCACAGACAAUAGCAUCAAAGGCCGCUUAGUUAAAAAGGUACAAGAAGCGGCACUGCGUCGCUCAAUAACAGACGUGGCUCAUGCGGACAAAAGAUCGCUCGCGCUCUUAAUGCUUACACAUUCCGCUGACGUACUCGAAAACGCGUUUGGACCACUCUCAGAUGAAGACUACGAACUAGCCACGCGGCGUGUACGCGCAUUGUUAGAUCUAGACUUUGAGGCUGAAGCUAUGCGCCCAGAAGCAUGCGAUAUCAUGUGGGCAGUGUUCGCCGCGUUCACCAAAUAGUUGUAAAUGAAUAGGAAUAAAAUUCAAAAUUAUUUCUUUUAGUGACAAAAUAGACUAUUGUGAAAAUCACAAAUUGGUAUAUACGUCAAACCAGUAUUAAAUUCAACUAGACGUUUUGAGACACUAUUUGGCCAGUGUUUCAAAAAAUCUUUGUCUCAGAGUAAGACACUUGUUUAAUUCAACUGUUGGAAUUAUCCUGAAACUACUCUUUAUAUAAAUUGGAAGUUGGACGGGAUUACUAUUCCCAGAGGUCUAACCUGUUAAAAUAAUAUCUCAAGUAAAAAUGUUCUGUCAUCCUUCACUACAAGCUCUUUUAAAGUUCAAGAAGGUUACGUCUUGUUUUCGCGCCCGAUUUUGACAACGACAGCGCCUAAGAGUGACUUUGACAGAAGCAUAAAGCAAUCACGCUCCUCUCGUUAUGAAACUUUAGAGGCCUUAGCACGCUAUUCAAUGAGAAUUUUUUUUGAAAGCUUUAAUGUCGACACACCCAAAAUGUUUAAUACUUGACACGUGUUCUUUUGUUUUAUAUCCCAAUAUGCUCUCGGAGCGCCUAAGUUUUUCAUACAAAAAUCUAUAGUUUCUUUUAUAAUGCGAUAGGUGUUCGAUGUAACGUAUUGUUCGUGCUUAGGUUUCUAAAGUACAAAAGUAUAUAUAUUUAAUUGCUGUCUCUGCGCCCCACGUCUCAUAUAGUUUAAAUACCUAGAUUGGCAGUGGCACAGUGUGUGAUUCCAUAUGAAUAGUAGAGGAUUUGUUAUGAAUUUAUAUCCUUAAGUGUGCUAGGUUUUUGUUAAUAUAUUUUUGUAUAUAAUAUAAACAUUGUACGUGUAAUCCUCUUUUUUCGUAUCUAUAGGUAUAUUGUUUUUAUACUAUUGUUAAAUUAACUAUGUUUAGUAUUUUCAUUCGGGUAAUUUAAUGUAAAGUUAUUGUAAAUUGGCCAUAUAAUAUAAUGGUUUCUAAAUGCAUUAAAUAUUUUAAAAAUAGUGUCUUAUUUUUAUUAAAAAAAUGCUAUGACACAUUAUAUACAAAAAUAUUCUACUAAUUUCUUCUAUCUUGAGGUGUUCCUAAGAGAUAACUUAUGUAAUUUCACAAUGAUCUUAUAUUCACUAGAGUACAAAACCCAUAUUGAAUCUGACCUUUAUAUCAUAAUAUAUAUUAUAUAACCCAUUUAUAAUACGACUAUUUAAUUUAGGUUAAUUUAUUCUUAAUAUUCUUUAAAGUCUGCAUUAAAUCUUUUUAGUUAUUUUAAUUAUUUUUUUACGUUAAUCAAUCAAGUUAAUACUAUCUUGUAGUUAUAAUAACUGGAGGUUACAUGUGCGUAUUAGUCUUUUGGUUUAGUUAAAAUGUACGUCUAAAUUAGACUAGUUAUAUAUGAUUAUUAAAACCGGAAAUACAUCGAGAUAAAAUUAUUACCGGAAGUACAUAUGUAUGUAAUAAAAAAAAUUGUAUGUAAACGCCUAUUACGCCAUUAUUUAUAGACUAGAUAAGAUUUAUUUAGGAUUUGAAGUAUAUAUCUAUUUCCUGAUGGUAAGUCGCUACAUUAUCCAAUAUUAAUUUACGUUACGUUACGAUAAAUUAUAUGUUGUACGACUGUCUAAUUAUGUGCGAGUUAUAAAAACCCUCAUUAAUUACAAUAUGAGAUGAAAUGUUUAUUAUAUAUUAAUAGUUUUUUUAUUUAGUUCAUUGUUUCACUAAACAAUAAAGGUAUAGCUAAAAUUUU